CAGCGCUUCCUAUUGGCUGGUUGAGUCGCCCCGCCAGAGAAGACAAGAUACAGCGCCAUAAUUAAACAGCGUUCAACUUCUGUUUUCUUCGGGCUGUUUUCGGUUAAAUUAACGAAAACAAUAUCAAGAGAAUCGUGAGUAAACUUGUUUUACUGAGUUUGUGGCGUCGUUAUAUCGUUAAACGUCAUCACAGAGAUUGUAGUUAUCCGGUAUGUUAAGCUAACUGAGGCAGCUGAUGCGGUUCGAGCUGGAAGCUAACGUGGCUAACGUUAGCUGUUGGUGAGUCGCCGCGGUGUUUCCAGAGUUUUGCCUCCCGCUGACGGUGACUCUGUGUCGGCCACAGGACGGAUGAGCAUCCCGGUGAACUUCCAGGCUCUGCCGUCCGGAGUCUUUGAAUCCGUUUUCAAACAGGAGAACAUCAGAGGAAGAAGCUCCAUGAACUCUCUCACUGCGCUCAGUUUCCCCAAAUCCAGAUCAGCUCUGUGGGAUGGCAGCCCUGCAGGAGAGAAGCUCCGCCUCCAGCUCUGUGCUCGCAGGAAGCCUCGCUUGGUGCUGCUGGAGAAAGCUCUGCGUCUGGCUCAGCGCCAUGCCCGUCAAAGCAACAAGCCCCGCCUCCACUGCUUCUUCCUGGGAUCAGUGUCUGUCGAUGCAGAUGAGGAGGGAGUCACUGUGACUCUGGACCGCUUUGAUCCGGGUCGGGACCAGGCCGGAGCCUCAGGCAGGGUUCCCUCUGCUCUGCUGCCAGGAGACGCCGUGGUUCCCUGUUUGUUCUCGUCACAGGUCAAGACCACACCUGACACUGUCGUCCAAUCAGAGGCUGAGCUGCAUCAAUGCUUCAAGGUGUUGCAGCAGUGUGUGAGCAGUAGACUCUCUCUGGAUCUGAGUCAGCUGUUGAAGCUUCGUGGUCAUGUGACAUGCUCUCAGCAGUCUGAUGUCACAGCGUUCAGUCUCAGCUGGUGGUCAGUUUGUCCGUCCGUCAGCGUGGACGUGCAGCCGGUCAGAUCCGUUCCCAUCAUAGCCACCGCUCUGCUGCGGAGUCUGACCAGCAUCAACAGACCGCUGCCCAAUGCCGCCAACCGCCAGAGAGGGUUUCUGACCAUGGACCAGACCAGGAAGCUGCUCCUGCUGCUGGAGUCUGACCCUAAAGCCUCCACGCUGCCUCUGGUCGGACUGUGGCUGAGUGGAGUCACACACGUGUACAACCCUCAGGUGUGGGCGUGGUGUCUGAGGUUCCUGUUCAGCUCCGCCCUCCAGGACAGAGUUUACUCAGAGAGCGGCUGUUUCCUCCUCGUUCUGUUCGCCUCCACGCACACUGGAACACCUCCUCAGGUGUUCCAGUGUCGAGCACCAGGACCAGGACCACAGCUGGACUACCAGCUGCUCACUGCAUCCCAGUCUGUCACACUGUACCAGGCCGUGUGUGUGGAGGGUCGGACUCUGAGCUGUGAUCUGGAUCUCAGCAGACAGACUCAGGUGUUCAGAGACGCCCAGAGCUCCUUCAACAGCGUUGUCCCGCCUGCAGCUGGUCUGUCCAUCAGCGAUCAGGACUCUGGAGUGGAAGAUGAAGAUCUGUCUCCACGCCCGUCCCCGAACCCCCACCCCCCCGCCCAGCAGUCUCGCAGAGUUCAGCCGUCUGUUCCUGAACUUUCUCUGCUGAUUGACAGCAGCUUCUCCUCCAAUCACAACUGGCAGGACGCUGGCUCCGCCCACAGACCUCCUCCCCCCGCUGACAGGAAGUCUGCUCCUCCUACCAGAAACAUCAACUCAGCCCCCAAACCUGCUCCUCCUCCUCACCUCCACAGCACCCCCAACUCCAACCUGCAGCAGCCCUGCACCUGCUGCUCCUUACUUACUUACAACUGCACCUCCAUCUUCUCCUCCUCCACAGGACUCCACCCUGCACCUUCUGCUUUCCCUCAUCCUCACAACACCCCUCCUCCCUCAUCCCGUCAUCAAACUCUUUCUACUCUCUCCUGUCCUCACUCUGCUUCUGUAUCUCCUACACCUGCUUCUUUUCCACAUCACCACAACACUCCUCCUCCUCCAUCCUCCCAUCAUCAAACUCCUCCUCCUCCAUCCUCCCAUCAUCAAACUCCGCCUCCAUCCUCCCAUCAUCAAACUCCGCCUCCUCCAUCCUCCCAUCAUCAAACUCCGCCUCCUCCAUCCUCCCAUCAUCAAACUCCGCCUCCUCCAUCCUCCCAUCAUCAAACUCCUCCUCCUCCAUCCUCCCAUCAUCAAACUCCGCCUCCUCCAUCCUCCCAUCAUCAAACUCCUCCUCCUCCAUCCUCCCAUCAUCAAACUCCUCCUCCUCCAUCCUCCCAUCAUCAAACUCCGCCUCCUCCAUCCUCCCAUCAUCAAACUCCUCCUCUUCCUCCUUCUUGUCUCCUACCACCUCCUCCUCUAUCCUCCCAUCACUACAUUCCUCCUUUUCCUCCUCCUUCCAGUAACCAUCCAUCUCCUCCUCUGUCUUCCCAUUACCGUACUCCUCCUCCCUCCUCAAAACGCUCAGCACCUCCUCCCUCACAGAGUCCCUCCUCUCCUCCCUCUGGUCCUCCUCCUCCUCCCUGUCCCUGCAGCCUCCCCCCUGCAGACCCGGUGACUCCUGCCCCCUGGCUCCCCCGUCCGCCUUGUGUCAAUCAGUGCUGUGAUCAGGGGGGCGGAGUCACACCGGUCGACACCUAUCAGCUCCUCCUCCUUCAGGACAGACAGCUGCGCCUCCUGCAGGCUCAGGUGCAGAUGUUGUUGGAGGCGCAGGGGAAACCUCAGACCUCCAGCCGGCAGGCCGACACUCAGACGCCACGGAACACCGCCAGCGUCGCCGUGGGAACAGGGGCCAGCCUGUUCUGGGGGGAUCCUGGGCAGGAGGUCCAGGCUCCUCCCACCUACUACAACAGCCCCCCGUCCUCACCCAAACCCCCCACACACACUGACACAUCUGCUGAGGACGCUGACGUCCCGGAUCAGGAGGCUGCUGCAUACAGCUUCAGCGGGCUGCAGAGUCCCGUCCUGGGGGAGAGCGCCAGCAUGUUCACGCCUGCAGACGAGCAGCAGAGCUUCUACCACAACCUGCAGAAUCAGCUCAACAGCCGUCUGCAGGAGCCCGACGACUCCAGGAGAAGCAGCCCCCCUGCAGCUCCUGACCGCUCACACUCCUCCGCCUCCUCGUCGGCGUCCUCCUCGACGUCCCGGGGGAAGCAGCGGCGAGGAGGGGACCCCGUGGUCAGCGCCACUCUGAGACAGCUGCAGCAGCUCGGAGUGGAUCUGCACGAAGAAGAUCUGACGGAGUCUGAAAGAAGAAAGCGCCAAACUGUGGAGAGCAGCAGCACCUUGGCGUCCAUCAACCCGUUGGCGGUCCUGUCCAGACUGAGCGUGUCCGAGCCGUCAGCCAGCUCUCUGUUUCCUGGAGGCAGUGUGGAUAUGAGUCUGGAGGCCAACGCCAUUGCUCUGCGCUACCUCAGUGACUCUCAGCUCAGCAGGCUGUCUCUGGGAGGCCACGCCCCCCAACUAGCCCCCACCUCCUCCAAUGACUUGCUGAUGUCGCCUAGCAACAUGUCUAUGGCCACCAGGAAGUACAUGAAGAGGUACGGCUUGAUCGAAGAGGAAGACGAGGAGGAGCAGGAGGUCGAUGCUCGCCGCCCACUGACUGAAGCGCUGAACGUGAAGCUCCUCCCACAGAGUCAGCUGAUCAGAGACCUGAGGCCCAAAAUGCAGCUGUUAGCUAGCAGCUCCAAACCGCUAACCAGCGACAAGGAGAACUUUUCCAGCGGGCGGCCAUCUUUAGUGAGGGCGAGCAGCCGUCAGACAGAAGGAUCAGUGGGGAACAUCCUGGACCUGAGCCGUCUGAGACAGCUACCCAAACUCUUCUGACCCCAAAAACCAGAUUCUCAUGGGACCAGAACCUGCUCAGACUUUUAUAGAAACUUUAGUUUUUUAGAUAGUCUGGUGUAGUCCAGAACCUGCUGGGACCAGCAGGAGACCAGCAGGAGACCAGGGGUGUGACCGAUCCUGCAGACUGUCAGAUAUAAGCUGGACUCUGGUGUGAAUGAAUGGACUCAGUUUGGACUCUAUGAAAACCAGGACCUUUAUUCUGACAGCAGAGACCAGAACACCAGGAUCCCUGACAGCAGAGA